CUAAGUGAUAUUUAAAGGAACAGAACAAGAAAAAACUGACCAAAGGAAAAUUGUCUUUCAUUUGCAUAUCUACAAUUUUUAAUUCAUCAAAAUGUCUAUAAAUAUACGCUGUGCAACAACAGAUGACUUGUUGAAUAUACAACAUUGUAAUUUACAAUGUUUACCAGAGAAUUAUCAGAUGAAAUACUAUUUGUAUCAUGCACUUUCUUGGCCACAACUAAGUUAUGUAGCAGAGGAUGAAAAAGGCAGGAUAGUAGGUUAUGUCCUUGCCAAAAUGGAAGAAGAUUGUGAGGAUAAUCCACAUGGACACAUUACUAGUUUAGCAGUGAAAAGGUCUCACAGAAGACUUGGUAUUGCACAGAAACUCAUGAACCAGGCUUCUAGAGCAAUGGUUGAAUGUUUUGGUGCAAAGUAUGUUUCUCUGCAUGUUCGUAGAAGUAAUCGGGCAGCUUUAAAUUUGUAUACAAGCAGUUUACAAUUUGAAGUGUCAGAAGUUGAACCAAAGUACUAUGCAGAUGGAGAAGAUGCAUAUGCUAUGAAACGUGAUCUUAGCAGCUUCUACGUGGAAAUAAAUGCAGCAAAAGAGAAAACCAAUAAGGAUGGUAAUACGCACACACAUACUGGCAGAUGCUGUGAUCGUUCAUAGUCAGCUUGGGAUGUUUACCUAUAAUUAGGUCACAAUUGAUUUC